AACGUCGCAGCUCGAAAGGAGUGAAGACAAACUUCCGCUAACCAAAACCUCAACGGCGAUCUUUCCAACGUUUAGAUCCUUUUGUAUACAGUCACAAUGACACGGGGAUGUGUUGUCGGAGGCUGUGACAACCGCUACUGCGAUUCUUUGUUGCCAAAACAGCAGCGAAAGCGGAUUAGCUUGCACGGUUGGCCUAAAGAUGACCCCAAACGUGCGGCAAAAUGGACCAAGUUUGUGAACUCGACUCGCAAGUUCUGGAAGGGUCCGACCGCCUCAUCGACUAUCUGUGGGGACCAUUUUGUAGCUCCUGACGAUUUUGUUGGCUAUAGACCGUGGGUAAGUGGGCAUCGGGAUCGUUUGGACUUGCAGCCACAUGCCAUCCCGACCAUUAAACCCGCUGCCGUCAAGCUAAAUGUACAGUCUGCUCAGCAAGGAUCCAAAGUCUGCAGAUGUGACCCCGGCCCAUCUGAUCCCAGUACACCAAAGAGGAGGAAAUCCACUGCACUCAUAAAGUUAAAACUUCAACGAAUGGUCAGUACACUGCCGCAGACACCAGCCUCGAAUACUUCUGAAAGUACUACAGCGACCACCAUUUCAGAAGCUGUAGCAAGUUCCACAAAUGAAGUCACAAAUCCCUUUUACCAGCCACAUCCAAACGUCUGGUCACUUCACCCAGCAGAGACAAAGGUUGAGACAGUGGACAAGCCCAUAGUGGAACCAGUUGUCACAUCGCAGCUUCCUGCAGAGACAAAGGUGCAAACCAUUGACCACCCAAACUUCAAGUCAUUACAUCCAGCAAAGACAGAGGUGGAGACAAUGGACCAUCCCAUACUGCAGCUGAUGUCACUACAUCCAGCAAAGACAAAGGUGGAAGCAGUGAACCAUGUCGACAUAUUUCGGAGUGUCAAACACGUGGGCUGUCAGACUGAGGUGGGCGUUUUGGCAAGAAGAAAAACAGUUGGCACGCAGGUUUCAUUGAGAACCCUGACGAAACGCCGAGAUAGAGCAAGCCAGGUAAAGGUGAGAUGUCAAGAUUUGGGCGUCGGCACGACAACUGUCCCCUUGGAUCGUCUCCAAAUCUUCAUACAGCCAACGGUAACAGAGACCUCACCCAAGAGACCUCGUUUAAGCCUUCAGCGAGAGGACUGUGGUUAAAUUUUAAGAACUGCGGGACUGAAACACAGUUGUUCAGUCUGUCUCUCCAGACGUGCCGUGAGCUGCUUACCACCACUUCCCACUUUUCAGAGAGUUUUGUCUGUAAAGCGGCUUGUUUGUGCAAUUAAAGGCAGCUUGUGAUGUGAAGAGACAAGUCCCAGGAUUUAUCUGUCGUUUUGGUAACGGUGGUGGUUUUAGCAGUUGCAUGUGUCCAGUUGAUCUGGUCCUAAUCCUGCUGCUCAUUCCUGGUUUUUCCUCAGAAACAUGUAACAUGGAGAAGCAGCAUCGUGAGCACAUCUGACUGUAAAUGAUGAACUGCAGCUCUGUUGGCAACUGUUAUUUAAAGUGCCUUUAAGCAAGGCACCAAUGCCUGGGCUGCUCAGACUUAGUUUGCAAGGAACUAACUGCUGAUUUCUGU